AUGCUGCGGGAGCUGAGCGACUGGUUCUGGGAGGAGCGGCUGUGGUUUCCAGAGGGACUGGGCUGGGCUGACCUGGAGGACCGGGAUGGCAGGGUCUACGCCAAGGCCACCGACCUCUGGAUGGCGUUGCCCAUCGCGCUCGUGUUCCUCGUCAUCCGCCAGAUCUUUGAAAGGACGGUGGCCACGCCGCUGGCCUCGCUCCUCGGGGUGAAAGACAUUGUGCGACUCAAAGCCCCCCACAACCCCACACUGGAGUCUUACUACUGUAAAGUUACCAAGAACCCCACACAGAGUUCAGUGGACGGUCUUUGUAAGCGGACAGGCUUCUCAGAGAGACACGUGCAGCGAUGGUUCAGGAGGCGCAGGAACCAAGAUAGACCCAGUCUGCUCAAGAAGUUCAGAGAAGCCAGUUGGAGAUUUACCUUUUACCUUCUUGCUUUCAUUGCUGGCCUGGGCGCCCUCAUCGAUAAACCCUGGUUGUAUGACCUGAAGGAGAUGUGGCAGGGCUUUCCGGUGCUGACUCUGCUGCCCUCUCAGUAUUGGUACUACAUGAUAGAGCUGGGUUUUUACGCCUCACUGCUCUUCAGCGUUGCCUCAGAUGUCAAGCGCAAAGACUUCAAGGAGCAGAUUGUCCACCACGUAGCUACAAUCCUUCUCAUCAGCUUCUCCUGGUGUGUCAACUACAUCCGUGCUGGAACCCUCAUCAUGCUGGUGCACGACUCCUCCGAUUACUUCCUAGAGUCUGCAAAGAUGUUUAACUAUGCUGGGUGGAGGAAUGCCUGCAACUACAUCUUCAUUGUGUUUGCUGCAGUCUUCAUCAUCACACGCCUCUGGAUCUUCCCCUUCUGGAUCAUGUACUGUACGUGGGUCUAUCCGGUGACCAUCUACCCUCCCUUCUUCGGUUACUACUUUUUCAACGGUCUUCUGUUGGUGCUGCAGUGCCUGCACAUCUUCUGGGCUAUCCUCAUCGUUCGCAUCGCAGUUCGCUUCCUCACCAAUAAUGAAAAAGUGGAUGAUGAAAGGAGUGACAAAGACGAAACCGAUGAGUCAGAGGAGGACGAGGAAGAGGACCGGAAAGAGGUGAAGAAAAACGGACCGGUGCAGAACGGCCACGCAGUCCACAACAACAACCACCGCAAAACAGAAUGACGCCAACCCGUGGCGCAGCAGGAGAACACGAGAAGGACUAAUAUCCCUCGCUGGUGGAGGAAGAGGAGGGAUGGAGAGAGAGAGAGAGAGACAAGGAAAUAAAGAAAGGUGGAGAAACGGGGUGGGUUUAGGAGGGGGAGAGGCAUUUCAAAGGUUUGAAAACAGCGGGUAUUCUAGGAAAUGUGACUGUUUAAACACUGUUACUCGUGCACAGUACAGGCAUUUAAACACCACACGACGUGACAAGGCCUUCCACUUCAUACUCACACGCACACACACACGCACACACACACUCACACACACACACCACCAACCAACAAAUACUUCAUCAAAACUGCCUCGGUUUGAUGUCAAUUCCUUAACUAGUUUGCCCUAAAUUUGAAGAAAAGAGGGAUUAAAGUGGAAAAGUGGAGCGGGUGGUGGAGAGGACGUGGGAAGAGAGUGGCGCUGCUUCUGUUAGAGCUUUCCUCGCCGUAGUCGUGUGCCUUCCAGCCGCCCCACGGCUGUUUUGAUAUCUGCCUUUUAGCGCGUUUUUGUUUUCCAUUGUGCCUUUUGUGCUUGCUACUAAAGAAAAACGAGGACGUGGUGAGGUGAGAAUGAGACAGGUGAACGUGAGAGUGCAUUUUUCUCCCCCCUGCGCCCCCCGAUUUCCUGUCUAUAUGAUUAUGUGUCCACGCAGUUUAACCUCAAAGUCCCGGCGGCUCUUGGACUUUGAGGUUAAACUCUGAGAUGACCAAGUGUGUGCAAUAGGAUUGUGUGUCUGCUGUCUCUGCCGUGUGUGAGGUCCUUCCCGGCGUAGGCUGCCUCUCUCUGCAGGGCCGGUCAGCAGAAGUGUAGGCUGCCUCUUUCUGCAGGGCCGGUCAGCAGAAGUGUAGGCCGCCUCUUUCUGCAGGGCCGGUCAGCAGAAGUGUAGGCCGCCUCUCUCUGCAGGGCC